AUGCGGGUACGCUUCCCCGAACAAGGAGCAGCGGCAGAGUACACCACCGCCAUAGCGCCCGAAUUAAGUAUUCGGCCCUCGAACAUCACAGCAGUGCAAGCGGCGAGCGUACCAGUCAGUGCACUGACCGCAUGGCAAGGACUCCACGAGCAUGCAUCCUUCGACUUGCGCAGCUUCAAAUUGGACAAGGCCGCUGGGGAGACUAGCAUGCGAAUUCUAAUCAACGGUGGAUCAACCACCGUCGGGAUCUGGUACAUGCGACUCCUCUACACCAUGCAAUUCCCCCGCCCCAUCACCAUCACCGCCACCUGCAGCAACGCCAACAUGCACCGCGUCCGCGACUUCGGCGCCGACAACAUCAUCGACUACACCAAGACCGACAACUUCUCCGCCCACGGCCCCUACCACAUCAUCUUCGACUGCGUUGGAAGAGAGACUCUCGACAAAUGUUGGCGCGCGUUGGCGCCCAACGGAUCCCUUUUCACGAUUGUGCCGACACUCGAGACGACGAACUAUGUCAGCGGACCCUUGACGGUGCCGGAUGAGGUGAAGGAUAGAGGGAUUAGGGGGAUGUUCUUUUUGAUGAGGCCUAAUGCGGAGCAGUUGGGCAAGAUUACGAAGUUGAUUGAGGAGGGGAGGGUUGAGAAGCCGGUUGUUGAUAGUGUGCAUGAUUUCGAGGCGUACGAAGCCGCGUUCAAUAGGGUACGGAGUGGGAGGGCGGUGGGGAAGGUUAUUUUGAAAGUAUGUGAGGAGGACUGA